GGGCACUGGUGGGUGCAUUGCUGGGCACAGGUGGGCGCACUGCUGGGCACACGCGGGUGCAUUGCUGGGCACAGGUGGGCGCACUGCUGGGCACAGGUGGGCGCACUGCUGGGCACAGGUGGGCGCACUGCUGGGCACAGGUGGGCGCAUUGCUGGGCACAAGUGGGCGGAACUUGUGUGUGGCACAGGUGGGCACCGAUCAUCAGGGCACUGAUGAUCAGUGACCCUGAUGAUCGGUGCUGAUCCCUGUUCUGACAACUGCCGGUUUUCGGCAGUACUUUCCUCACGAUCUGACAGCGUGAGGAAAGUGCAGCCGAGAACCGGCAUUUGCAU